ACUAUGUACUAUCCAAUAAACUUCAGUGUUCACAUGGAAACAUACAGUAUGCCAGUUGAUAAAACUGAGCACAGACCGACAUAGUACCAAAGCCAAUUAGCUUCCCCUCAAAGUUUUGUCCGUGGAGAUCCUUGUCAAGAUUCGUUAAUAACAUUGUUUCCAUUGAUGGUCAGUGCAUAACAAGGAGUUCUCUUUGGACAAAACUUGUAAAAGGGGUCAUCCGUAACAAAGUAACUGUACAUCUGUAUGCGCGCAACUUCAGGCAGCCAGUCAAAAGGAAGACAAGCGUUUAAAAUUUAAGCUAUCGCAAACAUAAUUCCUUCGAUUAGCCAUGUCGCUAGCAUCGCCCAUCUCAAAGGACGGAUUCUCCUACGCCGGAGAUCUAUUCGCCGAGGCGAGCGGCCACAACCGGCAUCGGCGUGCCACCGUAGCGGAGCUCAAAGACCACUUCAGGUCCGGCUCCGAGAAGGAUCACCCGGCCCAUUGGUUCGAGGCCCAGCUCAUCCACUACGGUCUGCAGGUCUCCAAAACAAAGGCCGUGGCUCGCAUGCGUCUCUUCGACGCCGUCAACGCGGGAAAUCUUUCCGUCCCGGCUCAUAUCCAGAAAUUGGAGUCGGAGCUGAAGAAGGAAUGGAUCAAAAAGGAGCGCGAGGCUAAAAAAGCAUUCAAGGACGCUACCUCUUCACCCGCGCCCAAGGCUACCGGUGCCAAGCGCAAGGCUGAGUCUUCGAAUGUCGAUGUGACUGUUAGCGUCGGCGGUAUCAACGUCACCGUCUCUGCUAGCAAUUCGAAUAAGAAGGCCAAGACACCUACUAAACCAGCAGCUACUGCUGCACCGCCCAAAGCCGCGAAGAAGACGGAGGCCAAGCCCAAGACUCCAAAGGCGGCUGCCACCCCGAAGGCAGCUUCAACAACUACUACAUCCAAGACCACUGCCUCCAAAACUACAGUUUCAAAAACCACCGUGUCAAAAACUACCACCACCAAAACCACCGCUGCAAAAGCUCCUCUGACCGGGUGGACGGCCCGUCGCGGGGGAAUCCACCAAGGCCUCGGCCGCGAGAGCAGCGCGGCAACAUCAACAGCAUCGACCCCCCAACCCGCGCGGCCCUCCCAAUUUGCCCUUCGCGGCCGGGGCCGGGCGACCGGAGGCCGAGGCGGCAGCAGCAACAGCCCGUCCCCCGUGAAGAGGGAGUACGACGACGACAACGACGACGUCAAAUACGAAGACAGCGACGACGGAUACGGCUACCCCAGCAGUUCGUACCGGAACAGUGCCGACCUGCACGACGACGACGACGAGGACCUCAAGCCCCUAGGCCUGCUCAACGGGCGGUACGUGCUGACCAGCGACUUCGUGACUUCCGAAUGGGGCCACAUCAACUUCUCGCUAGUCUUCACCCUAAGCGGGACCGAGCUCUGGGGGCGUUUCGACCUCGGCAUCGUCAGCGGCGUCAUGCGCCUCCCCCAACGGCCGUGGCAGUCUUCCACCGAGUCAUUGGGAUUUACCUGGCGCGGGCAGGAGCUCGAAGGACCGAUGAUAUAUGGAGACUCCAAUCACGGGUCGAUCCGAUUCCUCGGAGGUGGAAAAGUGGAGGGCAAGCUGGAUUGGAUGGGGAUUACGUUUGAGGGGAGUCGGGUUGUGGGACAGGGUACUAGGAGCGAGGUUGAUAUGAGUAGGAUGAGGGCUGAAUGGGAGGGGUAUAAUGAGGAUGAGUAUGAAAGGGAGAAUCGUAGUCGGUGGUAAUACUGUUUCUGUUGUCGGCUCAUGGGCGGUUCUAGUAAUAGUAUAAACGCUACACGCAGUACGCAGUUUUCCAAGUCAAAGGGCCAUUUCAAAUACUCUCAUGUACGAUUUGAUUAGGGCGUUAAAUUGCGCAUUCUACGUUGCAUUUGUAUCAUAGGAGUUAGUUCAAGUUCUUAUAGUGGCCGCUGUAGUGGCUCUUGUUGGGCUACGAGGGGGAUAUAAUUAUUAAAGUGUGUUCUUGUUA